AUGCAAGACCUUAAUGCCAGCCUGCGUCCUCUGAGUGACCCCGCCUCCCAACCGACUCUCUUGUGUUGCUUCCUGACCGUUGCCAUGCCGAAAUCAAGCAAGGCGGACCCGCCUGUGCUAUUGUUGUCGCCGGCCGAAUUAGCCCACAAGCAGGCCGGGCACGCCGAGCCCAGCUCCGGAAUCAGCCUCCGAAAAUCAACGACAACCGGUACCCCGUUCAGAUCCUGCUCCGUCAUUCGCCGCCGAUUACACCCGUCUCUGCAAAGAGGCCAGUGCCUCAGCGAGUGCUGGCAGACUCCUCCAGAGUUAGGGCUUUCCGGCCUGAAACACGAGGUCGUCAGGCAUCGCCAGCUUCUCAGGGUGCUCAAAUCACCCAGCUACACCUUCCUCCCCUCCCCAAACAUAAAGCACCCUCCCCUCUUCCAGUUCCUCUUUGACUUCUUCCCAAACUACCACACAAUCCCCUCCAACACCGAGCCCGACUCGAGGUCCUCGAUCCUCGAUCAGGUUGACCGCCAUCAGUAA